AUGGGUAAGAGGCGGAGGAAAGGAUGGGCCCUCAAAUGGAGCUCGUUUUUUGCGUCAAUCGCCUUGAUGGCGUUAAUGCGACCGGUAAAUGGGGACGGCGGUGGUGACGCAACGUCACCCAGUUCAACGAAUGCUGCCGCUGAAGAUGACACAGGAUGUGAAGACGAUACGUUGUACUCUCAUAGCAAACACACCAGGUAUUACUGCCAUACUACCGUAGUUUAUGUUCAGGAUUAUUUCACGAUGACCCAACAUGGCACAAUACAACUCGCCGUGUUAGACAUAUUACUCUACAUUUGUUCUGCCGAUGGUUGUGAACAGUUUGGUGAGUCUAAAGAAGAAGAUGAAGAUGACAUCAUAUUAAUAAAACGAGAACAACAAACAGUGCGAUCUGUUGAACAAAGAACAGGUGGUGAGAAGUGGAAUUUCAGUGUCGGUCAACAUGAUAUCACAUUCCUGAAAAGUCGCCAGAGCAACAAGAACAGAAAUGACGACUUUGUGUAUUGCGAAGAUGAAAGCGAAUGUCUGAUAGAUGAUGAGGAAGAUUACUUUUUCAGUGAUGAUGAGGAUUAUCGGCUUAAUCCUGAUUUAAAAUUUGCUGUCUCGGAUGGUUCUAUUGCUGCAGUUAGCCGACAAAAUGCUCAGAAAGUACUAUGGAAACACAAGCUGUCUAGUCCAAUUGCGUCUGCAUGGUCCUUGGAGGAUGGUGAUGUCAUGAAUGUUAAUCUAUUUGAAGCUAACACUAUUCCAGCAUUGUCUAUGGGAGCAGAAAAAAAUCCUGUAAAUGACGUACUAGACUUCAUGCAACCUGUUUUGUAUAUGGGUAUGUAUCAUGAGCAGUGUUACAUACAGCAGUCAAAUUCCAAGAACAGAGCAGUUCCGAAGGCAACUCAAUCUGUACCCAGCCUGGAUGCAAGUGACACAAUGCGGUUGCUCGCUGGACCCAAAGUGUUAUGGCGACCGUAUAUAGCAUCCGCUCCAUCACGUACUCCAAUCAUGAUAACACAAGUACCAAAGGGUGGGGAGGAUGGUGAUAGCAAAGCGUUAGCUACAUGGUCUCAGUAUCCUUAUGGUAUGUAUCACGAGCAGUGUUACAUACAGCAGUCGCAUUCCAAGAACAGAGCAGUUCCGAAGACAACUCAAUCUGUACCCAGCCUGGAUGCAAGUGACACAAUGCGGUUGCUCGCUGGACCCAAAGUGUUAUGGCGACCGUAUAUAGCAUCUGCUCCAUCACGUACUCCAAUCAUGAUAACACAAGUACCGAAGGGUGGGGAGGAUGGUGAUAGCAAAGCGUUGGCUACAUGGUCUCAGUAUCCUUAUGAUAGCGGUUAUUACUUGUUUGCUGAUCAGACACCUGUAAAACUUGUUACUGAUCGCCGAGGUAAUAAACGACCAUAUUUGGUUAUUACGGAAGGGAAUAAUGAAUCAAUGGAUGGAUAUUCUUUGAAUACUUUAGUUGCUGUAUCUGUGUGGGAUUGGUGGAAAGAAAUUCUACAACUGUGUAUUUUGAUGUCAAUGUUGGUAAGCUCUAUAAAGAAGAGUUUAGUUCAUAACAAUGGGAAUAUACCACAAACUGUCGAAUCAGGGGACAAAGAUAUGAGUAAACCAACACAGAGUAAUGACCCUAAGGAAUUUAAAUCAAGAUAUCAUGAGGAUUUUGAACAGCUCUAUUGCCUUGGUAAAGGAGGAUUUGGAACUGUUUUUGAAGCGAGAAAUAAAUUAGAUGAUAAUACCUACGCAAUAAAAAGGAUUUCAUUACCGGAUCGAGAAGAAGCGAGGCAGAAAGUUAUGCGAGAAGUCAAAGCAUUGGCAAAGUUAGAGCACCAUAAUAUUGUCAGGUAUUUCCAAGCUUGGUUAGAAUCUCCACCGGUUGAAUGGAAAGAUUAUCACAACUGUGCAAUAUUUGAAGCCAUUAUUGCUUUACUAAUAAGUCAAACACAUAGCAUGCCGGCCAUAGUCAAAUACUGGUCCUGUGGAAUUAAAUUUACGUUGCUAUCAAUGUUAGAUGAUAAAAAUGAUAUAGCACCGUUUGGUGGGGGAGAGGAGGCCUUAUCCAACUACAUUAAUGUAAACUCUGCUGGGGAAAGUGAAGGAUUUCUUCCUAUGAUGGUUCCAGAUGAUGACAAGGAAGAGAGUGGUUCUUGGAGUGUGGAUUACCAUGGAUACCAUGAUGAACAUCAUCAGAUUAAUGUUGAAAAAUCUUUUAGUCUUGAUUUUCGAGAUGAUGAUUUUGAUACAAAUGAUAGUGCCUCUAAGGCUUUGCCAUUUAAAAACUAUGUUAAGGAAGAAAGUGACUCUUUCAAUGUUAUUUUUGAGGAUUCGGGCUGUGGCGAUAAAAUGAGUGAACGAACAAACACUAAUUCUGCUCACAGCAGUUCACUUUCCCGGGUUGUCAGUGAAAAACUUGAUUUGAAUCAAACAACUGCAGAAGAACAUGAUCAACAGGAAAAUGAAGAAUCGGCUGACGGCCACAAAUUAUAUUUAUACAUACAAAUGCAACUUUGUCAGAAAGAAAGUUUAAAAGACUGGUUGCAAACUCACAAUGGGCCAAGGGACCAUCAGCAGGUGUUGUAUAUAUUUGAACAGACUAUAAGUGCGGUGCAGUAUGUCCAUGAAUGUGCAAUGAUUCAUAGAGACUUGAAGCCGUCCAAUAUAUUCUUUUCUUUGGAUGGAUCCAUCAAGAUUGGCGACUUUGGUUUAGUAACGGCCAUGGAAGUACAGCCGGCAUCAGGAGAGGAACUACCAGUUGCUCCUGAGAAGAAACACACUGAUCAAGUCGGCACCCAACUUUAUAUGAGUCCUGAGCAAAUUGCAGGAAAGAGUUAUGGACAUAAAGUGGAUAUAUUUUCCUUGGGAUUAAUAUUCUUUGAAUUGAUGCAUCCUUUCAGUACUCAGAUGGAACGCAUACAGGUUAUGAUGAGUGCUAAACGGCAGAUUUUCCCAGAGGAUUUCCGACGCCAAUCAUCAGAAGAGGCACAGUUUGCAGAGUGGCUAUUGUCAGCAGAGGCUGACAAGAGACCCAGUGCUGAUGAGAUAGUUGAAAGUGAAUUAUACAGAAAUGUAUACAGAGACUAUAUAGCACCUAAAACUCCAAGAAAAAGGAAUACGUCAAGUUGUAGCGAUUGA